AUGUAUCCGAAGCCAAGCUCAAAACUCGCCUCGGACGACACAGCAUGGGACCCUCUGGAGCUCGUUCCCAUCCUCGAGCGCCAGCUCGAUGCGGAUGGUGAGCUGGCGUCCGCUCAAGAUGAUCCAUCGGACGAGCCGAUUCCGGCCGUCACAUACAACAACGGCUUGUGGACACCUCCAGCUGCCACUCAGGCGGCAACUCCGACACUACCAGUAUUUACUGCAACAGUGGCACUCGCACCCACCAGUACAGAAGAUGCAGUUUCUGCCACCGACUUGUCGUCACAGACAGCAGUACCCUCAAGAUCGUCAGCUUCUUCUCGGCCGUCGUCAGUUUCAGUGAGCUCGAUGUCCAGUUCAUUGUCCUCCACCGACUCUUCGUCCUCAACAUCGACCUCAAGCGCUUCUCCGAGCGCCACCUCGGUCCAGAGUGAAAAGCACAGCAGCGGCGGAGGUGGCGGUGGAUUCAAGCUGGUCUACCUUGCACCCAUUCUGGUCUUCGUCGGUCUGCUUCUUCUUUUCAGUGUUGGCGGACGCAUGUGGGGCCGCAUUCAUCAUGCCUCCCGCGUCGAAGCCGCAAGACGCGCCAAGAUUGACAAGCGAGCCUCGCGUCAAGCAAAGAAGCGAGAGAUGCAGCGCAUCAAGACCAUGUGGGGAUACGACAAGACGCCCAUGCUUCCGGCUGAGCUGCCCCCUGGCGAACACGACUUGCACUACAAAGAUCCAAACUCCCCUACAAAGAGAUCCAAGGCCUCAGGCUCCGGUCUUGAAAGGGCAGAUAGCUCUUUUGGAAGCGACUCGGACAGCGGGCAUGGCGACGACGAGAAGUACCCUGGCACAUUCAAGAUCUUAUCACUUGCCUUGCUCGGCGAGGGUACCAAGCCUCCUCCGCCGGUCACGCGAGGGGAGUCGGAACGCAAGUACGAGACCGAGCUUCAGAGCAACUCUUGGCUUGCCGUCAAGAUUCGCCGUUGGAUCGGCAAGAACGAGACGGAUGCCGUGAUCGAUGACAGUCGUUAUACCGCCGGUCCCUCCAGAUCUGGCACCGGUGCUGGUCGACGUCUGCGUCAUGCGCUCAGCAGAGAUCGCUUCAGAGCCGACGCAGACGGUCAGAACAAUUCAGAGAAGGAAGCGCUCCACUCUCCUGCAACCACACUCUCGGUCGGAAGUGGUGAGCUCAAGUACAAGGCAGAGUUUGCAACGGUCGACCUGCAUCAUCCGGAUCCUGUCCUGCCGACGAACUUCCUCGCUUCGCCCACGCGCAAAUUCCAAUACUCGGGUCUGAGCAGGAACGGUACGGACGACCUUGAUGACCCUUUCAUCGAGAAAGGCGAAACAGGCUGGCGGAAGCCGCUCCCGCCUCAGCCUCAGGAGUCACCCUUCCGCCCGGCUGUUCUCAACUUUGGCCUGCGCUCGCGAUCCAAGACGUACGAUCAGGUCUCGUCAUACCCCGCCGCUGCGGAACACGAUACUCCUGUCAAGCCAACAGCAGGCUAUGCAGCCAUUGGCGACGAGGGAACCGGUAUUGGAAGCGGAUAUUUGCCCAAGGCGUUUGGGCUCGGGAUCAGCGGGGUCUGGAGAGCCAUGACCAACUUUGGUGCCUCUGAAGGCAGGCGCAACAAUGUCGAGGAUCACGACGACGAGGAGAGCUUUGUGGCUCGACCGUACCGUGCGACGUCGGAGCUGAUGAGCGAAAGCGAUACGCCUUACUCCGUGCGUAAUCAGGACAGGUAUGGCGAGGCAGGGACACCAACGAGAGGCGGCGCAUCGCGCCACGAGAGCCCGUACCAUCAUCAGCCACUGGCGAGAAAUUCGACGGUGCUCAAUGUCAAGACCAACACCAAUCAGCCGUGGAACGCUCGUCAGCAGGAGGCCAACGGUGGCGCAGGAAGGAAGAUGACGGCGGCGGCUUGGAACGAAGCCCUCCUCUCGAGUCCGGUCAACAAGCAGCAACAGUACCAGAACACUUUUCAGGCCUUGGUCACUUCGGAUUCUCCCCGCCCACCUCCAGCAGUCGAAUCCACCAAGAGGGGUGUCCAGACCAAUCUUGCGCCGCGGAAGAGUCUCUUGCUGCAUCAAGCGAUCGCAGAGAGCGACGGCGUGGUAGAUCCGACACACGGCGCUUCGCCCUCGUUUACCGACUACAGCGAUCUCGUAGCUUGCUACUCGACCCCAAGCGAUGCAGUCAGAUCUCCGGAGGCUGAACACAGCAUACGUGCCGUCACGCCGUCGAUGCACACUGAAACAUCCGACGGCGGAUCCAGAGCCAAGCUGCAGCGGGCCAAAACAGCAAAAAGUACGGGACCGGGCACCAACGAGCGAGCUGUGCAGAGAAGCAAGACGGCAACUACGGACUCAACGCGUGGCGGACUGAGCCGGAAAGGAACCGUGCACCACACCGCCGUCAAGAAGGAGCAAUCCACGACGCAUAAGCAAGACGAUGAGUCCGAGGCGGUCGUAAGGGAAGGAUCCAAGGGUCUCUAUCCCUAUCCUUUGACGCAGCCUUUGCGACUGGCCAAGCAGGAGCCUGCCUUGCGCACUAUCAGUCCCGAGCGUGCCAGCAUCCCGAUUCCUCAACGAGGCUCUUCAUCGCCCGUCAAGUCGCACACGGUCUGGAACGGGCCCAAGGCGUCGGGCACCGCUCAGCAUCUCCCCUCGUCGCUGAUGAUCGCAUCGCCAGAGCCUCUGCUUCCAGCCCAUCCAAAACAGAUCAGCCUGGGCGCCUUCCACUCUCGCGACUACGAGGGCUUUGCGAGCUUGAACGGCAUCGACUCUGACGGCGCAUCGCCUCCCAAGAGGGCCAAGGCGGUCUCGAAUCGAAGCGUGGAAGAGGAGCCUAGUGCGGGCGCGGCAGCUGGAAUGGCACGCAUCGCAGCGCAGAAGGCCAAGAAUCGAUCUACGGCGCUGCAGACCGUCGAUCAAAUCGUCUCGCAAAGCUACGCCUCGCAGCUGCCCCCUCAGAAUUAUCGUCCAUAG